CGGAGAGACGCCCGCCGGAGGCCGCGCAUCCCCAGGAGGUUCCUAAGAUUGUGUAAGAGGAAAAUCUUAAGCAAAAGAAGAGGUGCUUUCGAUCUUCGGGAGGGAGUGUCAUUUCCUUGCUAAGUGCUACACGGCUGGGCUCGCCUGGGGUUUGCUUCUGAGUUGACAGACGCACCCCCCCCCACCCCUAGAAGCCCAACAUGGUUCCUGGAGCUGCAUAGAGCUGCCAGCCUGGGAGGAGUCUGGCUUUCCUGCUGCAGGGGGGGAUCAUGGCAUCCUCCAGGGCGGCUUCCCGGUCGCCUCGGGCCACGCGGUCACCUCGGGACAUCGCCAACGUGAUGCAGAGGCUGCAAGAUGAGCAAGAGAUUGUACAAAAACGUACCUUCACAAAAUGGAUCAACUCUCACCUGGCCAAGCGGAAGCCCCCGAUGGUGAUAGAGGAUCUCUUUGAAGACAUGAAAGAUGGUGUGAAGUUGCUUGCUCUUCUGGAGGUCCUGUCUGGGCAGAAACUGCCUUGCGAGCAAGGCCGCCGGAUGAAGCGAAUCCACGCGGUGGCUAACAUUGGCACAGCACUCAAGUUCCUUGAAGGAAGGAAGAUCAAGUUAGUCAACAUUAACUCCACCGAUAUUGCGGAUGGCCGGCCCUCCAUUGUUCUCGGCUUGGUGUGGACCAUUAUUUUAUAUUUCCAGAUUGAGGAAUUGACCAGCAACCUGCCGCAGCUGCAGUCUCUGUCCAGCAGUGCGUCCUCCGUGGACAGCAUGGUCAGCGCCGAGCUGGCCAGUCCUCCCAGCAAGCGGAAGGUGGCCUCCAAGGGCCAAGGCAAUGCAAAGAAAGCUUUAUUAAAGUGGGUUCAGUAUUCAGCAGCCAAGCAGACUGGAGUAGAAGUAAAAGACUUUGGACGGAGCUGGAGAAGUGGACUUGCCUUUCAUUCGGUCAUCCAUGCUAUUCGACCAGAACUUGUGGACUUCGAGAAAGUGAGAAGCAGAUCGAACAGGGAAAACCUGGAGGAGGCUUUCACUAUUGCUGAGACGGAGCUGGGGAUCCCAAGGUUACUGGAUCCCGAAGAUGUUGAUGUGGAUAAGCCAGAUGAGAAGUCCAUCAUGACCUACGUAGCCCAGUUUCUGAAGCAGUAUCCUGACAUUCACAACAUAGGCUCUGAUGAGCAAGAAAAUGAUGAAAUAUUUCCAGGUAUCCCAUCUUUUGCAAAUUCUUUCCAAAAUUUGAAGAGAGAAGACAGGCUAAUUUUGAAGGAAACAAAAGUUUGGAUAGAUCAAUUUGAAAGAGAUCUGACAAGAGCACAGAUGACAGAAUCAAAUUUUCAGGAUAAAUAUCAGUCAUUUAAGCACUUCAGAGUUCAAUAUGAGAUAAAAAGGAAACAGAUUGAACACCUAAUCCAACCGUUGCAUCGAGAUGGCAAGUUGUCCCUUGACCAAGCGUUGGUGAAACAGUCGUGGGAAAGAGUGUCCUCCAGGCUCUUUGAUUGGCAUAUACAGCUUGAUAAAUCUCUCCCUGCACCAUUGGGCACCAUAGGUGCUUGGUUAUACAGAGCAGAGGUGGCUCUGAGGGAGGAAAUAACCAUUCAGCAGGUCCACGAGGAAACAGCCAACACAAUACAGCGGAAACUUGAGCAGCACAAGGAUCUGCUUCAAAACACAGAUGCCCACAAAAGAGCAUUCCAUGAGAUCUACCGGACCAGGUCUGUUAACGGUAUCCCAGUACCACCUGAUCAAUUAGAGGACAUGGCCGAGAGGUUUCAUUUUGUUUCCUCCACAUCAGAGCUCCACUUAAUGAAAAUGGAAUUUCUAGAAUUAAAGUACCGUCUGCUCUCACUGCUGGUUCUUGCAGAGUCAAAGCUGAAGUCCUGGAUCAUCAAGUAUGGGAGGAGAGAGUCAGUUGAGCUGCUUCUGCAAAGCUACAUUUCUUUUAUAGAAAAUAGCAAGUUCUUUGAGCAAUAUGAAGUGACAUACCAGAUCUUGAAACAGACAGCUGAGAUGUACGUCAAAGCUGAGGGAUCAGUGGAAGAAGCUGAGAAUGUGAUGAAGUUCAUGAACGAAACCACUGCCCAGUGGAGGAACCUCUCCGUGGAGGUGAGGAGCGUGCGGAGCAUGCUGGAGGAGGUCAUCUCUAACUGGGAUCGUUAUGAUGAUACUGUGGCCAGUCUUCAAGCCUGGCUUGAGGAUGCUGAAAAAAUGCUCAAUCAAUCAGAGCUCGCCAAAAAGGAUUUUUUCCGAAAUUUGCCUCACUGGAUCCAGCAGCACACUGCCAUGAAUGAUGCUGGCAAUUUUCUCAUUGAAACGUGUGACGAGAUGGUUUCCCGUGAUCUUAAACAGCAAUUGCUGCUGCUAAAUGGACGCUGGAGAGAGUUGUUUAUGGAGGUCAAGCAAUAUGCUCGAGCUGAUGAGAUGGACAGAAUGAAGAAAGAAUACACAGAUUGCAUUACUACCUUGUCUGAUUUUGCAACUGAAGCCCAAAGGAAAUUUUCUGAACCCUUAGAAGUUUCUUUUAUUAAUGUAAAAUUACUAAUUCAAGAGUUGGAGGAUGUGGAGCAGAGGGUGCCUGUGAUGGAUGCUCAGUACAAGAUAAUCACAAAGACAGCGCACCUCAUUGCCAAAGAAAGCUCCCAGGAGGAGGCUAAUGAAAUGUUUGCAACCAUGUCCAGGCUCAAGGAGCAACUUGCCAAGGUCAAAGGAUGUUGCUCCUCCCUCCUUCAUGAGUCUCAGCAGCUGGUGGCACCACUGGAGGAACUAGAAAAGCAGAUGACAUUCUUUUAUGAUUCUCUUGGCAAAAUCAAUGAAAUGAUAACAGUUCUUGAGCACGAGGCACAAUCAAGUGCCCUUUUCAAACAAAAACAUCAGGAACUAUUAGCCUGUCAAGAAAGCUGUAAGAAAACCAUGGCCCUGAUUGAGAAAGGCAGCCAAAGUGUUCAAAAGUUUGUGACUCUGAGCAACGCGCUAAAGCAUUUCCAACAGACAAAGCUGCAGAGACAAAUUGCAGAGGCCCACGUGGCCUUUCAGAAUAUGGUGAAGAAAACUGGAGACUGGAAGAAACAUGUGGAAACCAACAGCCGCUUGAUGAAGAAAUUUGAGGAGUCUCGAGCCGAGUUGGAGAAGGUGCUGCGGACGGCUCAGGAGGGCCUGGAGGAAAAGGGUGAUCCAGAAGACCUCCUGAGGAGACACACGGAGUUUUUCAGUCAGCUGGAUCAGAGGGUGCUCAAUGCUUUCCUGAAGGCUUGUGAUGAGCUCACAGACAUUCUCCCUGAGCAGGAACAGCAGGGCCUCCAGGAAGCAGUUAGAAAGCUGCACAAACAGUGGAAGGAUCUUCAAGGAGAAGCCCCAUACCAUUUGCUUCAUCUGAAGAUUGAUGUAGAGAAGAAUAAAUUCUUCGCCUCCAUAGAGGAAUGCAGAACCGAACUGGAUCGAGAGACCAAGCUGGUGUCCCAGGAAGGCAGUGAAAAAAUGAUUCAGGAGCACAGGAUUUUCUUCGGUGACAAAAGUCCUUAUCAUCUCUGUGAGAAAAGGUUGCAGCUCAUGGAAGAACUGUGUCUGAAACUCCCAGUCCGGGAUCCAGAAAGGAACAAACCAGAAGCCUGUCGCGCUGCUCUCAAAGAGCUCAGAGCCGACAUUGAUGGCACCUACGCGCAGCUGGUGGGAGACCCAGACAAGUGGAGGGACUACACCAGCAGAAUGUCUGAAUUCUCAUCUUGGAUAUCUGCAAAGGAGGCACAAUUGAAAGGAAUUAAGAGUGAUGCCCUCGACUCUGCCAACCACAGAGAGGUUAAGCGUGCCGUUGAGGAAAUCAGAAAUGGUGUGACCAAAAAUGGUGAAACUCUCAGUUGGUUGAAAGCCAGGCUUAAAGUCUUGAUGGAAGUUUCUUCUGAGAAGGAAGCCCAAAGGCAAGGCGACGAGCUGGCCAAAUUAUCCAGUUCUUUCAAGGCUCUUGUGACACUGUUGUCAGAGGUUGAAAAGAUGCUAAGUAACUUUGGUGAUUGUGUCCAGUACAAAGAAAUAGUCAAAAGUUCUCUUGAAGAUUUAAUUUCUGGCUCCAAGGAGGUCCAGGAACAAGCUGAGAAAAUCUUGGACACUGAAAAUCUGUUUGAAGCACAACAGUUACUUCUUCACCACCAGCAAAAGACAAAAAGGAUCUCUGCAAAGAAGAGGGACGUGCAGCAGCAGAUUGCACAGGCUCAGCAGGAAGAAGGGGGGCUGCCUGGUCGUGCCCGGGAGGAGCUGCGCAAGCUGGAGAGCACCCUGGAGGGCAUGGAGCAGAGCAGGGAGAAGCAGGAGCGCCGCAUCCAGGUCACCUUAAGAAAAUGGGAGCGAUUUGAAACAAACAAAGAGACAGUGGUCAGAUACCUUUUUCAGACAGGUUCCAGCCAUGAGCGCUUCUUGAGUUUUAGCAGUUUGGAAAGCUUGUCUUCAGAAUUGGAACAGACAAAGGAGUUUUCUAAGAGAACAGAGGGUAUUGCAACUCAGGCUGAGAAUCUUGUGAAGGAAGCUGCAGAGAUACCACUUGGGCCCAAGAAUAAGCAGCUGCUUCAACAGCAGGCCAAGUCCAUCAAAGAGCAAGUCAAAAAAUUAGAAGAGACGCUUGAAGAAGAUAUUAAAACCAUGGAAAUGGUGAAAAACAAGUGGGAUCAUUUUGGCAAUAAUUUUGAGACCUUGUCCACCUGGAUAACUGAGAAAGAGCAAGAACUCAAUGCCUUGGAAACUUCGUCGUCUGCCAUGGACAUGCAAAUCAACCAAAUUAAGGUGAUAAUUCAGGAAAUAGAAAGUAAGAUCAGCAGCAUUACAGGACUGGAAGAAGAAGCUCAAUCUUUCGCCCAGUUUAUUACCACUGGAGAAUCUGCUCGAAUCAAAGCCAAGUUGACACAGAUAAGGAGGUACUGGGAGGAGCUCCGAGAGCAUGCGCAGUGUCUGCAAAGCACGGUCCUAGGACACCUGUCUCAGCAGCAGACGUUUGAAGACAAUCUCAGUAAGAUCCAGCAGUCUGUGUGUGAAUUUGAAGAUAAACUUGCUGAUCCAAUUAAAAUAUGUUCUUCAGCUACAGAAACCUACAAGGUUCUCCAAGAACAUAUGGAUCUCUGUCAGGCUCUGGAGUCGCUGGCCAGCACGGUGGUGUCUUUCUCAGCCAGCGCCCGGAAGGUGGCCAGCAGGGGCUUUUCAGUGCAGGAGGCUGCGGCCCUGCAGCAGAGAUACGAAGGGCUGCUGAUUCAGGCCAAGCAGCGGCAGACGGCGCUGGAGCAGCUGCUGACCCACUGGCAGAGACUCGAAAAAGAACUGUCGACCUUUUUGACCUGGUUAGAGCGGUGUGAAGCUAUAGCCACUUCCCCAGAAAUGGACAUUUCUGCCGACAGGGUCAAAGUGGAGAGUGAACUUCAGUUAACACAGGCGCUGCAAAAUGAAGUUGUAUCCCAGGCUUCACUCUACAGCAACCUUUUGCAGUGGAAGGAAUCGCUAUUUUCAAUCGCCUCCAAAGAUGAUGUGAAAAUGAUGAAGCUACAUUUGGAACAAUUAGAUGAGAGAUGGAGAGAUUUGCCACAGAUAAUUAGCAAAAGGAUUCAUUUUCUUCAGUCUGUGGUGGCUGAACACCAGCAAUUUGAUGAGCUGCUGCUUUCUUUUUCUGUCUGGAUUAAGCUGUUUCUCAGUGAGCUGCAGACGACGUCUGAGAUAAACGUGGUGGACCCUCACGCCGCUCUUGCUCGGCACAAGGACCAUGCAACACAGGUGGAAAGCAAGAAGGGAGACCUGCAGAGUCUCCAGGGUCACCUGGCAAAGCUGUGCUCUCUGGGCCGGGCAGAGGACCUGCAUCUGCUGCAGGGCAAGGCGGAGGACUGCUUCCAGCUGUUUGAGGAGGCCAGUCAGGUCGUGGAGCGGCGGAGGCUGGCCCUGUCCCAGCUGACCGAAUUUCUGCAGAGCCAUGCUUCACUGUCAGCAGUGCUGCAACGCCUGAAGCAAACGGUGGACGCAACCAACAGCAUGAAUAAGAAACAGUCUGCCAUGUUAGAAAAAGAACUGGAUGAUGCUAUUCAAGAAGUUAAAAGACUGGAAACUACAGCCAUCAGUCUGGAUGGCGUUCUCUCCAAAGCUCAAUACCAUCUUAAGAGUGGGAGUUCUGAGCAAAGGACUUCCUGCAGAAACACAGCUGAUCAUCUCUGUGUGGAAUUAGAGAAGAUCCAGAACCUUCUGGGAACCAAGCAAAGUGAGGCAGAUGCCCUGGCUAUGUUGAAAAAAGCUUUUCAAGAGCAGAAAGAGGAGUUGCUGAAGGGCAUUGAGGACAUUGAAGAAAGGGCUGACAAAGAGCGACUUAAGGAGCCCACACGCCAGGCUCUUCAACAGAGGUUGCGAGUUUUCAAUCAGUUAGAAGAUGAAUUGAAUUCUCAUGAGCAUGAACUAUGUUGGUUGAAAGACAAAGCUAAGCAAAUUGCCCAAAAAGAUGUAGCUUUUGCACCUGAAGUUGACAAAGAGAUUAACCGCUUGCAGGUCACCUGGGAUGAUACCAAAACACUAAUUCAUGAGAACCAGGGUCAGUGCUGUGGACUUAUUGACUUAAUGAGAGAAUAUCAAAACUUGAAGUCAGCUGUAUCUAAAGUCCUAGAAAAUGCCAGCAAUGUGGUUGUAACCAGAACUGCUAUAAAAGAUCAGGAGGAUCUUAAAUGGGCUCUAUCCAAGCAUGAAGCUGCCAAGAACGAGAUGUACAAUAAACAGAACGAACUUGAUAACUUUACCAGUAAAGGAAAGCAUUUGCUAUCUGAGCUGAAAAAAAUCCACAGUGGUGAUUUCCUCCUGGUGAAAACAGACAUGGAAAGCACCAUGGACAAGUGGUUGGAUGUGUCAGAGAGACUUGAGGAAAACAUGGAUAGGCUGAGGGUAAGCCUGUCCAUUUGGGAGGAUGUACUUUCAAGUAAAGACGAGAUAGAAGGAUGGUCAAACAAUUCUGUUCCACAGCUGACUGAAAGCAUCAGCAACCUGGAUAAUAGCCUGAGAGCAGAAAAAUUUCUUAAAGAAUUCGAGUCUGAAGUUAAAAGCAAAGCUUUGAGAUUGGAAGAACUUCAUUCUAAAGUUAAUGAUCUUAAAGAAUUAACUAAGAAUCCAGAAACACCACCAGACCUUCAGUUUAUAGAAGCAGACUUAAAGCAGAAGCUGGAGCAUGCCAAGGAAAUUACUGAAGAGGCAAAAGGGACCUUGAGAGAUUUCACUGCUCAGAGCACACAAGUGGAGAAGUUCAUUCACGACGUCACCACCUGGCUGACAAAACUGGAAGACUCGCUGGUGAAUUGCGCCCAAACAGAGACUUGUGAAGGGUUGAAAAAAGUCAAGGAAACACAAAAGGAGCUCCAGAGUCAGCACAGCAGCAUCAGCUCCACCCAAGAAAAUCUCAACAGCUUGUGCCGUCGGUACCACUCGCUGGAGCUGGAGGCGCUGGGCCGCGCCAUGACGGGGCUGAUCAAGAAGCAUGAGGCGGUGAGCCAGAGCUGCACCAGGACGCAGGCCGGCCUGCAGGAGGCCCUGGAGAAGCACUUUCACGAAUCUAUGCAGGAAUUCCAGGAAUGGUUUUCUAGAAUAAAGACAGCAGCAAAAGCUUCAUCAGAUAGAACCGGUGACAGCAAAGUUCUAGAAGCAAAGCUCCAGGACCUUCAGAAUAUUCUGGACUCAGUCAGCGAGGGGCAGAGCAAACUCGAUGCUGUGACUCAAGAAGGACAGACUUUGUAUGCACAUUUGUCUAAGCAAAUUGUCAAUAGCAUCCAGGAACAAAUUACAAAGGCUAAUGAAGAAUUUCAAGCAUUUCUGAAACAAUGCCUUAAAGACAAACAGGCGCUUCAGGACUGUGCCCUAGAACUCGGGAGCUUUGAGGAUCAGCACAGAAAGCUGAACUUAUGGAUCCAUGAAAUGGGUGAAAGGUUAACUACAGAAAACUUAGGAGAGAGUAAACAGCACAUUCCUGAGAAGAAAAAUGAAGUCCACAAAGUGGAAAUGUUCCUGGGAGAGCUCCUGGCCGCAAGAGAGUCUCUUGAUAAACUUUCCCAGCGAGGGCAGCUUCUCAGUGAGGAAGGCCACGGAGCUGGGCAAGAGGGACGCCUGUGCUCCCAGCUGCUCACUCACUACCAGAACCUGCUCAGGAUGACCAAGGAGAAGCUCCGGGGCUGCCAGGUCGCCCUGCAGGAGCACGAAGCCCUGGAGGACGCGCUACAGAGCAUGUGGUCCUGGGUAAAGGACGUUCAGGACAGACUGGCCUGUGCCGAGAGCAUCGUGGGCAGCAGAGACGCCCUGGAGAAGCGACUGCUCCAAGUGCAGGACAUUCUCCUAAUGAAAGGGGAAGGAGAAGUAAAGUUGAAUAUGGCCAUCGGCAAAGGGGAACAGGCCUUGAAAAGCAGCAACAAAGAAGGUCAGAAGGUGAUUCAGACUCAGCUUCAGACCCUGAAAGAUGUGUGGGCUAAUAUCAUGAGCUCCUCCCUCCGUGCUCAGAGCACUUUAGAGUCUGUGGUUAGUGAAUGGAAUGACUAUCUAGAGUGGAAAAACCAGUUGGAACAGUGGAUGGAAUCAGUGGAACAAAAAGUAGAGCAUCCCUUGCAACUGCAACCAGGUCUGAAAGAGAAAUUCUCCCUCCUGGACCACUUUCAGUCCAUCAUAUCUGAGGCAGAGGACCAUGCUGGAGGCCUGCAGCGGCUCACCGCAAAGUCCAGGGAGCUCUACCAGAAGACUGAGGACGAGUCCUUCAAAGAAACAGCUCAAGAGGAACUGAAAUCACAGUUUAAUGAUAUAAUGACUGUGGCCAAGGAGAAAAUGAGGAAAGUGGAAGAGAUCGUGAAAGACCAUCUGAUGUACUUAGACGCAGUCCAGGAGUUUACAGAUUGGCUCCAUUCAGCCAAGGAAGAACUUCACCGAUGGUCGGAUGUGUCCGGCGAUUCAUCAGGCACCCAGAAAAAGUUGUCUAAAAUUCAGGAGCUGAUGGAUUCCAGAGAGAUCGGGGCAAGCCGCCUAAGCAGAGUCGAGUCCCUGGCUCCUGCAGUGAAACAGAACACAACUGCCAGUGGGUUUGAGCUCAUGGACACGGAGAUGCAGGCCCUGCGGGCCGACUGGAAGCAGUGGGAAGACAGCGUGCGCCACACACAGACCAGCCUGGAGACCCUAGUGAGCCAAAUGGCCCUUUCGGAGCAGGAGUUCUCAGCCCAAGCGGCUGCCCUGGACCAGGCCCUGGAGCAGUUCAAUGCCCUCCUGGCAAGCUGGGCUCAGCAGCUAGCCCUGCUGGAGGGCAAGAAUACAGACCAGGAGAUAGCAGAGUGCUGGCAGAAAGGACGAGAGAUACUGGAUGCUCUGCAACAAGCAGAGUCUAAGACAGAAGACUUGAAGUCUCAGCUGAAUGAACUUUGUCGAUUUUCGAGAGACUUGAGUUCAUACAGUGGGAAGGUUUCUGGGCUGAUUAAAGAAUAUAAUUGUCUUUGUUUACAAGCAUCCAAAGGCUGUCAGAACAAAGAGCAGAUUUUACAACAAAGAUUUCGAAGAGCAUUCAAAGAUUUCCAGCAAUGGUUGGUGAAUGCAAAAAUCACUACCGCCAAAUGUUUUGAUAUACCUCAAAAUAUUAGUGAAGUUACAACAAGCCUUCAGACAAUACAGGAAUUUUUGUCAGAAAGUGAAAAUGGACAGCACAAGCUAAACAUGAUGCUGUCUAAAGGGGACCUCUUGAUUACUCUGUUGACCAAAGACAAAGCUGAUGGUAUCCAGGCCAAAAUUGCAACUGCAAAAGAAGACUGGAAAAAUUUUCAUUCAAAUCUCCACCAGAAGGAAUCAGCCUUGGAGAAUCUAAAGAUCCAAAUGAAGGACUUUGAAGUCAGUGCUGAGCCCGUACAGGACUGGCUGAGCAAAACUGAGAAAAUGGUGCAUGAAAGCAGCAAUCGCCUGUAUGAUCUGCCAGCAAAGAGGAGGGAGCAGCAGAAGCUCCAGUCUGUCCUUGAGGAAAUAAACUGCUACGAGCCUCAGCUCAACAGGCUCAAAGAGAAAGCUCAGCAGCUGUGGGAAGGACAAGCUGCCAGCAAGAGCUUUAUGCACAGAGUGUCGCAGCUGUCUUCUCAGUAUCUAGCGCUAAGCAAUCUAACCAAGGAGAAAGUGUCACGACUGGACAGGAUUGUGGCAGAGCACAGCCAGUUCUCCCUGGGGGUGAAGGAGCUGCAGGACUGGAUGACAGACGCCAUUCACAUGCUGGAGUCCUACUGCCACCCCACAUCUGACAAGAGCGUGCUGGACAGCAGGAUGCUCAAGCUCGAGGCGCUCUUGUCGGUGAAGCAGGAGAAGGAGAUCCAGAUGAAGAUGAUGGUGACCAGAGGGGAGUGUGUCCUCCAGAACACCUCUGCGGAAGGCGUGCCUGCUAUUCAGCAGCAGCUGCAGUGUGUGAAGGAUAUGUGGGCCUCCUUGCUGUCUGCAGGGAUUCGCUGUAAAAGUCAACUCGAAGGAGCUCUGUCUAAGUGGACAAGUUACCAGGAUGACGUUCGACAGUUUUCCAGCUGGAUGGACGGGGUGGAGACCAGCCUAAGCGAGUCGGAGAGGCAGCACGCGGAGCUGCGGGAGAAGACGGCUGCCCUGGGGAAAGCCAAGUUAUUAAUCGAAGAGGUGCUAAGUCACAGCAGCUUGCUGGAGACCAUAGAAGUCAAAGGGGCUGGCAUGACAGAACACUAUGUCACCCAGCUAGAAUUCCAGGAGCUGCAGGAGCGCUACCGAGUGAUCAAGGAACGGGCCAAGGAAGCAGUAACCAAGUCUGAAAAACAAGUUCGCCUGCACCAGGAAUAUCAGAGAGACCUACAGGCAUUUGAAGUUUGGUUGGGGCAAGAACAAGAAAAACUUGACCGGUACUCAGUUCUGGAAGGAGAUGCCCACACUCAUGAAGCAACACUGCGGGAUCUCCAGGAGCUGCAGGUGCGCUGUGCUGAAGGGCAGGCAUUGCUGAAUUCAGUGCUGCACAGCAGAGAGGAGGUGAUACCAUCUGGUAUCCCGCAGACAGAGGAUCGGGCUCUAGAAUCUCUCCGGCAGGACUGGCAGGCUUACCAGCAGAGGCUCUCUGAGACCCGAACUCAAUUCAACAAUGUCGUGAACAAAUUGAGACUAAUGGAACAGAAGUUUCAGCAAGUAGAUGAAUGGCUGAAACUCCUGGAGGAGAAAGUGAGCCUCAGAACGGGAUGUCAGUCUAACCGGGCAGCCAAGGAGAUACAGCUACAUCAGAUGAAGAAGUGGCACGAGGAAGUGGCCGCCUACAGAGAUGAAGUCGAGGAGGUGGGAUCCCGCGCACAGGAGAUCCUGGACGAGAGCCACGUGAGCGGCCACAUGGGCUGCCAGGCCACGCAGCUGACCUCCAGAUACCAGGCCCUUCUCCUCCAAGUGCUGGAACAAAUAAAAUUCUUGGAGGAAGAGAUUCAGAGCUUGGAGGAAUCAGAAUUAUCCCUAAGCACCUACUCGGAUUGGUAUAGCUCUACUCAUAAAAACUUCAAGAAUGUAGCUGCCAAAAUUGAUAAAGUAGAUAAAACCAUGAUGGGGAAGAAAAUGAAGACCCUGGAGGGUUUGCUCAAAGACAUGGAGAAAGGCCACAGCUUACUGAAAUCAGCCCGGGAGAAAGGAGAGCGAGCUCUUAAGUACUUGGAGGAGGGUGAGGCAGAGACAUUAAGAAAAGAAAUCCACGAUCGCGUGGAGCAGUUGAAGGACCUGACCAGCACUGUCCGGAAAGAGCACACAGCCCUGGAGAAAGGCCUUUACCUAGCGAAGGAAUUCUCGGAUAAAUACAAAGCGCUCGCUCAGUGGAUAGCCGAGUACCAAGAAAUCCUGCACAGCCCCGAAGAGCCCAAAAUGGAGUUAUAUGAGAAAAAAGCUCAGUUAUCUAAAUACAAGUCUCUUCAGCACAUGGUGCUGUCCCAUGAGCCCUCAGUCACGUCGGUGAGAGAGAAAGGGGAAGCGCUUCUGGAGCUGGUGCAGGAUGUGACUUUAAAGGACAAAAUAGAUCAACUCGAGAGUGACUACCAGGGCCUCUGUGCAGCAGGAAAGGAGCACGUCUGCAGUCUCGAGGCAAAGGUCAAGGACCACGAAGAUUACAACAGUGAGCUCCAGGAGGUGGAAAAGUGGCUGCUGCAGAUGUCGGGCAGGCUGGUGGCACCUGACCUCAUGGAGACCAGCAGCCUGGAGACCAUCACACAGCAGCUGGCCCACCACAAGGCAAUGAUGGAAGAAAUCGCAGGCUUUGAAGAUCGUUUGAGCAAUCUGAAAACUAAAGGUGACAAUUUGGUCAGUCAGUGCGUGGACCACCUGCAAGCAAAGCUUAAGCAAAAUGUGCAGGCGCACCUGCAGGGCACCAAGGACAGCUAUUCGGCCAUCUGCAGCACAGCUCAGCGGGUGUACCAGAGUUUGGAACAUGAACUUCAGAAGCAUGUCAGCCGGCAAGACACCCUGCAGCAGUGCCAAGCGUGGCUUUCUGCUGUCCAACCCGAUUUAAAGCCCAGCCCGCACCCACCUCUUAGCAGGGCAGAAGCGGUGAAGCAGGUCAAACACUUCAGAGCUUUGCAGGAGCAGGCAAGGACCUACUUAGAUCUCCUUUGUUCCAUGUGUGACUUGUCAAACCCUUCAGUGAAAACCACAGCAAAGGACAUUCAACAAACAGAGCAAAUGAUUGAGCAAAGGCUUGCCCAGGCACAGAACGUAACUCAGGGCUGGGAAGAAAUCAAGCACAUGAAGGCAGAGCUUUGGAUUUACCUCCAGGAUGCCGAUCAGCAACUGCAGAAUAUGAAGAGGAGGCACUCAGAACUGGAGCUUAACAUUGCCCAGAACAUGGUUUCCCAAGUCAAGGAUUUUGUCAAGAAACUAGAGUGCCAGCAGGCAUCAGUGGGUGCUCUCACACAAAAGGUGAAUAAGUUAACCAAGAAGCAAGAAUCUCCUGAGCACAAGGAAAUAAGUCACCUGAAUGAGCAGUGGGAGGACCUGCAUCUCCAGUACACCACCCUGUGCUUGCAGAGGGAAGAGGAUCUUCAGAGGACAAGAGACUACCAUGCCUGUAUGAAUGUCGUCGAAGGUUUUUUAGAGAAAUUCACAACGGAGUGGGAUAACUUGGCCAGAACCGACGCAGAGAGCACAGCUACCCACCUGGAGGCACUGAAAACGUUAGCGUUGGCCUUGCAGGAGAGAAAGCAGGCUGUUGAAGAUCUGAAGGCUCAAAAGCAAAAAAUGAUAGAGCACCUGAACCUAGAUGACAAAGAGUUAGUCAAAGAACAAACACAUCACCUUGAACAACGUUGGUUUCAGCUUGAGGACCUGGUUCAACGGAAAAUCCAAGUGUCGGUCACCAAUCUGGAGGAGUUAAACGUGGUGCGGUCGAGAUUUCAGGAGCUGAUGGAGUGGGCUGAAGAGCAGCAGCCCAACAUUGCUGAGGCCCUUCAACAGAGCCCCCCGCCAGAUAUGGCUCAGAACCUCCUCAUGGACCACCUCACCAUUUGCAGUGAACUGGAGGCCAAACAGAUGCUCCUGAAGUCACUCACAAAGGAUGCUGACAGGGUGAUGGCUGACCUGGGGCUCAACGAGCGGCGGGUGAUCCAGAAGGCUCUGUCUGAGGCACAAAAGCACGUGAACUGCCUUAGUGACUUAGUGGGCCAGAGACGUAAGUACUUAAACAAGGCCUUGUCUGAGAAAACCCAGUUCCUCAUGGCAGUGUUCCAGGCGACCAGUCAAAUCCAGCAGCAUGAGCGAAAGAUGAUGUUCCGUGAGCACAUCUGCCUGUUACCAGACGAUGUGAGCAAACAAGUGAAAACGUGUAAGAGCGCACAGGCCAGCCUCAAGACCUACCAAAAUGAAGUCACGGGACUCUGGGCCCAGGGCCGGGAGUUAAUGAAGGGAGUCACUGAGCAGGAAAAGGGGGAGGUGCUGAGCAAGCUUCAGGAACUGCAGAGUGUCUAUGAUGCUGUUUUACAAAAGUGUAGCCACCGGCUGCAAGAACUUGAGAAAAAUUUAGUUUCUAGGAAGCAUUUUAAGGAAGAUUUCGAUAAAGCAUGUCACUGGCUAAAGCAAGCAGAUAUUGUUACAUUUCCUGAAAUCAACCUAAUGAAUGAGAGUUCUGAGCUUCAUACCCAACUGGCCAAAUACCAACAUAUUCUUGAACAAUCUCCAGAAUAUGAAAAUCUCCUCCUCACGCUACAGAGAACAGGGCAGGCCCUCUUACCAUCGCUGAGUGAAGUUGACCAUUCCUACCUCCAUGAAAAACUCCACGCCCUGCCCCAGCAAUUCAAUGUCAUCGUUGCCUUGGCCAAAGACAAGUUCUAUAAAGUCCAGGAAGCCAUCCUUGCUCGGAAAGAAUACGCUUCCUUGAUCGAGUUGACCACUCAGUCUCUGAGUGAACUCGAAGACCAGUUCUUGAAGAUGAGCAAGGUUCCUGCCAAUCUGCUGGUGGAAGAGGCUGUGUCUCUGCAGGACGACUGCAGAGCCCUCCUGGGAGAGGUGGUUGGCCUGGGGGAAGCGGUGGAUGAGCUGAACCAGAAGAAAGAAGGUUUUCGCAGCACGGGGCAGCCUUGGCAUCCAGACCAGAUGCUCCACCUGGUCACCUUGUACCACAGGCUCAAGAGACAGACUGAGCAAAGGGUUGGCUUAUUGGAAGACAUGACCAGCGCUUAUCAGGAACACAAAAAGAUGUGCGACCAACUGCAGACACAGCUGGAAGCCGUGAAGACAGAGCAGUCCAAACUCAAUGAAGAGACACUCCCUGCAGAGGAGAAGCUCAAGAUGUACCACGCCCUGGCAGGAAGCCUUCAGGACUCGGGCAUUCUACUGAAACGCGUGACCGUGCAUCUGGAAGACCUGGUUCCACACCUCGAUCCCUCGGCUUACGAGAAAGCCAAGCAUCAGAUCCAGUCCUGGCAGGAGGAGCUGAAGCUGCUGACCUCUGCCAUCGGCGAGACGGUGGCCGAGUGCGAGGGCCGUAUGGUGCAGAGCAUCGACUUCCAGACAGAGAUGAGUCGCUCGCUGGAUUGGCUGCGCGGCGUGAAGGCCGAGCUGAGGGGGCUGCUGUGCCUGGACCUGAGCCUGCAGGACAUCCAGGAGGAGAUCAGGAAGAUCCAGAUCCAUCAGGAAGAGGUCCAGUCCAGCCUGAGGAUAAUGAACGCACUGAGUAACAAGGAGAAGGAGAAAUUCACCAAAGCCAAGGAGCUCAUCUCUGCUGACUUACAGCACACUAUGGCCGAGCUCGCGGAGCUUGAGGGAGACAUCCAGGAGGCGCUACGCUCCAGGCAGGCUAAAUUGACUGAAAUAUAUGGUCAAUGUCAAAGGUACUAUCAAGUAUUUCAAGCAGCUAACGACUGGCUGGAGGAUGCCCAGGAGAUGUUACAGCUGGCCGGCAAUGGUCUCGAUGUGGAGAGCGCAGAGGAAAAUCUCAAACGCCACACAGAAUUUUUCAGCACAGAGGAUCAGUUCCACAGUACUCUGGCAGAGCUUCAAAGCCUCGUAGCCAACCUGGACCCGCUUAUCAAGCCAAGUGGUAGAGAGGGCCUGGCGCAGAAGAUGGCUUCCCUGGAAGACAAGAGCCAGAAGCUGACCCAGGACGCACAUGCCCAGUUAGAUCUCUUGCAGAGAUGUGCGUCUCAGUGGCAGGAUUACCAGCAGGCAAGGGAGGACGUUAUCGAAAUGAUGAAUGAUGCCGAAAAGAAAUUGUCUGAGUUUUCUCUAUUGAAGACUUCUUCCAGUCACGAAGCAGAAGAAAAGUUGUCAGAACACAAGGCUUUAGUGUUGAUAGUUAGCUCUUUCCAUGAGAAGAUUGUGAUCCUGGAAGAUAAAGCUUCGCAACUGGAAAAAACUGGCAACGACGCCAGCAAGGCGACCAUCAGCAGGUCGAUGACAAGUGUGUGGCAGCGCUGGGCACGUCUCCGCGCGGUGGCCCAGGACCAGGAGAAGAUUCUGGAAGAUGCUGUGGAUGAGUGGAAGAGCCUUCAACAUAAGGCUAAAAAAGCCAGCGAAAUGAUGGAUCAGCUGCAAGAUAAAUUUCCAGGAAGUUCAACAGAGAAAGCCUCCAAAGCAGAACUCUCAACUCUUCUGGACUAUCAUGACACCUUCGUGCUGGAGCUUGAGCAGCAGCAGUCAGCUCUGGGCAUGCUGCGGCAGCAAGCCCUGAGCGUGCUCCGUGAUGGGGCCCCCCAGUCCCCUGGAGAAGAGCCACCAAUCCUGCAGGAAAUCACGGCAAUGCAGGAUCAGUGCUUAAACAUGCAGGAGAAGGUGAAGACGAAUGGGAAGUUGGUAAAGCAGGAGCUGAAAGAACGGGAGGUGGUGGAAACGCAAAUCAACUCUGUGAAAUCUUGGGUUCGGGAAACGAAGGAGUAUUUGGUGAAUCCAACAAUAGAAAUAGAUGCUCAACUUGAGGAAUUUAAGAUACUCCUAACAGAAGUCACAAAUCACCGGCAGAACAUUGAGAAAAUGGCCGAAGAACAGAAGAAUAAGUACUUGGGUCUUAGUACUAUUUUGCCUUCUGAACUUUCCCUUCAGUUAGCUGAAGUGGCCUUGGACUUAGGAACCAUCCAUGAUCAGAUCCAGAGCAAAGUAAAAGAAGUUGAGCAGAGCAAGAUCAUGAGCCAAGACUUCAACCGACAAAUUCAGAUAAUAGCCAAAGACCUCACAACUAUUCUAACUAAGCUGAAAGCAAAGACUGAUAAUUUAGUUCAAGCAAAAACUGACCAAAAGGUGCUGGGAGAAGAGUUAGAUGGUUGCAAUUUAAAGUUAAUGGAGCUCGAUGAAGCGGUACAGAAAUUCUCAGAACAGAAUAGCCAACUGGGCAAACCUCUGGCCAAGAAGAUAGGAAAACUGGCUGUGCUUCACCAGCAGACCAUUAGGCAGGCUGAGAGCCGACACUCCAAGCUAAAUCAGGCGGCAUCACAUUUAGAAGAUUACAAUGAAAUGCUUGAGUUAAUUCUGAAGUGGAUGGAGAAAGCAAAAGUCUUGGUACAUGGCAAGAUAGCUUGGAAUUCUGCAAGCCAACUUCGGGAACAAUACAUUUCACAUCAGACCAUGCUAGAAGAAUCCGAAGACAUUGACAGCGAUCUGGAAGCCAUGACUGAGAAACUGCAGUCCCUCAGCAGCGUGUACUGCACAGAAAAAAUGUCUCAGCAAGUGACAGAGCUGGCGCGGGAGACUGAGGAGUUGCGGCAGAGGAUCAAAACUCGUUUGCAGAAUCUCCAAGAUGCUGCCAAGGAUAUGAAAAAAUUUGAAACCGAGCUGAAAAACUUACAAGCUGCUUUAGAGCAAGCCCAGACCACUCUGACUUCUCCGGAAGUGGGACGGUUGAGUCUGAAGGAGCAGCUUUCUCACCGGCAGCAUUUGCUGUCUGAGAUGGAAUCCCUCAAGCCAAAGGUCCACGCGGUGCAGACCUGCCAGAGCGCGCUCCGGAUCCCCGAGGACAUGGUGGCGGGCCUGCCGCUCUGCCGCACCGCCCUGUGCCUGCAGGAGGAGGCCAGCCGGCUGCAGCACACCGCCAUCCAGCAGUGCACGGUCAUGCAGGAGGCUGUGGUGCAGUAUGAGCAAUAUGAGCAAGAAAUGCAGCGGCUGCAGGAGCUGAUAGAAGGAGCUCAUAGAGAGAUCGAGGACAAGCCUGUGACCACCAGUAACAUCCAGGAGCUGCAAGCCCAGAUUUCUCGGCACGAGGAGCUGGCUCAGAAAAUCAAGGGCUACCAGGAGCAGAUCGCCUCCCUCAACUCCAAGUGCAAGAUGCUGACGAUGAAAGCCAAGCACGCCACGAUGCUGCUGACGGUCACCGAGGUGGAGGGGCUGGCGGGGCCCUCGGGGGACCUGGACCCCGAGCUCCUCCCCGCGCCCGCGGCCCAGCCCUCCGUGGUCAUGAUGACUGCAGGUCGCUGUCACACUUUGCUGUCCCCUGUCUCUGAGGAGUCUGGGGAGGAGGGAACCAACAGUGAGAUUUCCUCUCCACCUGCCUGUCGGUCCCCAUCACCUGUGGCUAAUCCAGAUGCUUCUGUUAAUCAGGAUAUUGCUUAUUACCAAGCCUUGUCUCCUGAGAGUUUGCAGACAGAGGCCGCAAGGCUUCACCCAAGCCUGUCGCCAUCCCAGGCACUCUACGAACCAGGCAUGGAGCCAUCAGCCACUGCUAAGCUGGAUGAUUUGCAGCGUUCUUGGGAAACCUUAAAGAACGUGAUCAGUGAAAAGCAGCGCACACUCUAUGAAGCUCUAGAACGCCAGCAAAAGUACCAGGACUCCCUCCAGUCCAUCUCCACCAAGAUGGAAGCCAUCGAGAUGAAGCUCAGUGAGAGUCUGGAGCAAGGCAGGAGUCCAGAGAGCCAGAUGGCUGAACACCAGGCGCUGAUGGAUGAGAUCCUCAUGCUCCAAGAUGAGAUCAGCGAGCUGCAGUCGUCCCUGGCGGAGGAGCUAGUGUCCGAGUGUCCAGAGUCGGACCCCGCCGAGCAGCUGGCCCUGCAGUCCACGCUCACCGUCCUGGCGGAGCGCAUGUCCACCAUCAAGAUGAAGGCGUCAGGCAAACGACAGCUGCUGGAGGAGAAGUUAAAUGAUCAGCUGGAGGAACAGAGACAGGAACAGGCCCUGCAGAGGUAUCGCUGUGAAGCUGAUGAACUGAAUCACUGGCUCCUGAGCACUAAGGCCACUCUGGAUAUGGCACUGGGCACCCCCAAGGAACCCAUGGACAUGGAGGCCCAGCUGGUAGACUGCCAGAAUAUGCUGGUGGAAAUUGAGCAGAAGGUGGUGACCCUGUCGGAGCUCUCGGUCCACAAUGAAAACCUGCUCCUGGAGGGCAAGGCUCAUACAAGGGAUGAGGCUGAGCAACUGGCUGUAAAGCUGAGGACACUGAAGGGGAGCCUGCUAGAGCUGCAGAGAGUCCUGCAUGACAAGCAGCUCAACAUCAAGGGAACCGCACAAGAGAAGGAGGAGCGUGAGGCUGACCUCACCGCCGCGCAGAGCCCCGGGGUCCAGGAGUGGCUGUCCCAAGCGCGCGCCGCGUGGACGCACCAGCGGGAGAACAGCCUCCAGCAGCAAAAAGAGUUGGAACAGCAGUUAGCAGAGCAGAAGAGCCUCCUGCGAUCCGUAGCCAGCCGUGGAGAGGAGAUUCUAACCCAGCACUCGGCAGCAGAGACCUCUGCUGGCUUGGGCGAAAAACCUGAUGUGUUAUCCCAGGAGUUGGGGAUGGAUGGGAAGAAGUCACCUGCUGAAGACCAGAUGAGAAUGAAAUGGGAAAGUCUCCAUCAAGAAUUUAGUACCAAGCAGAAACUACUACAGAAUGUUCUGGAACAGGAACAAGAGCAAGUGCUUUACAGCCGGCCAAACCGGCUCCUGUCUGGCGUGCCGCUGUACAGAGGGGACGGGCAGACCCAAGAGAAAUCUGCAGUGACCUCUCUGCUGGGUGGACUGAACCAAGCCUUCGAGGAGGUUUCUUCCCAGGGUGGCGGGACAAAGAAGCAGAAUAUUCACUUGGAACAGAAGUUAUAUGACGGGGUGUCAGCUACCUCCACUUGGCUAGACGAUGUUGAGGAACGUUUAUUUGUGGCGACUGCCCUUUUACCAGAAGAAACAGAGACUUGUCUCAUCAACCAGGAGACUCUUGCCAAAGAUAUUAAGGAAAUGUCUGAAGAAAUGGAUAAGAACAAGAACUUGUUCUCCCAAGCAUUUCCAGAGAAUGGUGAUAACCGCGAUGUCAUUGAAGACACACUGGGUUGCCUCCGGGCCAGAUUGUCCUUGCUCGAUUCAGUCGUAAAUCAGCGAUGUCAUCAGAUGAAGGACAGACUUCAACAAAUAUUAAAUUUCCAGAAUGAUCUGAAGUUGCUGUCUACAUCACUGGCUGACAACAAGUACAUCCUCCUACAGAAACUGGCAAACGUGUUUGAACAGCCUGUGGCAAAGCAAAUGGAGGCAAUACAAGAGGCUGAAGAGGGGCUAAAGGAGUUGGAUUCAGGGAUCAUUGACCUAAAGAGACGUGCUGACAAGUUGCAGAUUGAGCAGCCUUCCCUGCAAGAACUCUCCAAACUGCAGGACAUGUAUGAGGAGCUAAUGGUGACCAUCGGCUCCCGGCGCAGUGGUCUGAACCAGAAUCUUGCUCUCAAGAGUCAGUACGAAAGGGCCCUUCAGGAUCUGGCUGACCUGCUGGAAACUGGACAGGAAAAGAUGGCAGGAGACCAGAAAAUCAUUGUGUCUUCCAAAGAGGAAAUCCAACAGCUACUUGACAAACAUAAGGAAUACUUUCAGGGCCUGGAGUCUCAUAUGAUCUUGACCGAAACGCUCUUCAGGAAGAUCAUCGGCUUUGCGGUCCCACAGGAAACUCAGUUUCACACAGAACUGAUGGCUCAGGCUUCUGCUGUGCUAAAGCGGGCUCACAAGAGGGGUGUGGAGCUGGAGUACAUUCUAGAGACAUGGUCCCACCUGGAUGAGGACCACCAGGAGCUCAGUCGGCAGCUGGAGGUGGUGGAAGGUGGCAUCCCGAGCGUGGGCUUGGUGGAGGAGAGUGAAGACAGGCUGGUGGACCGGAUCGCCCUCUACCAGCAUUUGAAAUCCAGCCUGAACAAGCACCAGCCCAAAUUAUAUCAGCUCUUGGAUGAUGGGAAACGACUCCUGAUGUCCAUUAGUUGCUCAGAUCUAGAAAGUCAGCUGAAUCAGCUUGGAGAACACUGGUUAAAUAAUACCAGCAAAGUGUCUAAGGAACUUCACAGAUUGGAAACAAUAUUGAAACAUUGGACCAGGUAUCAAAGUGAGUCUGCGGAGCUAAUUCGCUGGUUACAGUCUGCAAAAGACAGACUGGAGUUCUGGACUCAGCAGUCGGUGACAGUACCGCAGGACCUGGAAAUGGUCCGUGAUCAUCUGAAUGCGUUCUUGGACUUUUCCAAAGAGGUGGAUGCCAAAUCUUCCCUGAAAUCUUCUGUUCUGAGCACCGGAAACCAGCUUCUUCGAUUAAAGAAAGUGGACACGGCUGCCCUGCGUUCCGAGCUGUCGCACAUAGAUAGCCAGUGGACUGACCUGUUGACCAAUAUUCCAGCUGUGCAGGAGAAGCUCCACCAGCUCCAGAUGGAUAAGUUGCCUUCCCGCCAUGCCAUUUCUGAGGUCCUGACCUGGAUAUCUCUCAUGGAAAAUGUUAUUCAAAAGGAUGAAGACGACAUAAAAAAUUCCAUAGGUCACAAGGCAAUUCAUGAAUACCUUCAGAAAUAUAAGGGUUUUAAGAUAGAUAUUAACUGUAAACAGUUAACAGUUGAUUUUGUGAACCAGUCUGUGCUACAAAUCAGCAGUCAGGACGUGGAAAGUAAGCGCAGUGAUAAGACUGAUUUUGCUGAGCAACUCGGAGCAAUGAAUAAAAGUUGGCAAAUUCUGCAGGGUUUAGUGUCUGAGAAGAUCCAGCUAUUGGAAGGAUUAUUGAAAUCUUGGUCAGAAUAUGAAAAUAGUGUACAGAGUCUGAAAACAUGGUUUGAAGUCCAGGAAAAGACACUGAAGCAACAGCAUCGUAUCGGAGACCAGGCGUCCGUUCAGAACGCCAUCAAGGACUGUCAGGACCUGGAAGAUUUGAUUAAAGCAAAAGAAAAAGAAGUAGAGAAAGUUGAGCAGAAUGGACUUGCUUUGAUUCAGGACAAGAAAGCAGAAGUCUCUGGCAUUGUCAAGAGUACACUGCAGGAGCUCAGCCAGACCUGGGCAAAUUUAGAUCACAUGGCCGGGCAAUUGAAGAUGCUGUUGAAGUCAGUGCUUGAGCAGUGGAACAAUCACAAAGUGGCCUUUGAUGAGAUCAACAGCUACCUCAUGGAAGCCAGAUAUUCUCUGUCCCGAUUCCGUCUGCUGACCGGCUCGUUAGAAGCUGUGCAAGUUCAAGUGGACAAUCUGCAGACUCUUCAAGAUGAUCUUGAAAAACAGGAAGGGAGCUUACAGAAAUUUGACUCUGUCACCAACUAUCUAUUGAAAGAGUGUCACCCACCUGUAACAGAAACUCUUAACAACUCACUGAAGGAGGUCAACAUGAGAUGGAAUAACUUGCUGGAAGAGAUUGCUGAGCAGCUGCACUCCAGCAAGGCCCUACUGCAGCUCUGGCAGCGGUACAAGGACUACUCCAAGCAGUGUGCUGCUGCCGUCCAGCGCCAGGAGGAGAGAACCAACGAGCUCUUGAAGGCGGCCACCGACAAGGAUGUUGCCGAUGACGAAGUCGCUACGUGGAUUCAAGACUGCAAUGAACUCCUCAAAGGAUUGGGGACCACUAAGGAUUCUCUUUUUGUUCUCCAUGAACUGGGAGAGCAACUCAAGCAACAGGUGGAUGCGUCAGCAGCCUCAGCCAUCCAGUCUGACCAGCUGUCUUUGAAUCAGCACUUAAGUGCCCUAGAACAGGCUCUUUGCAAACAGCAGACCCUGCUCCAGGCUGGAGUACUUGAUUAUGAAAACUUUACCAAGAGUUUAGAGGCUUUGGAGGCCUGGAUCAUAGAAGCUGAAGAAAUUCUACAAGGGCAGGACCCUAACAACUCGUCCGACCUCUCCACCAUCCGGGAAAGGAUGGAGGAACUCAAGGGACAGAUGUUGAAAUUCAGCAGCAUGGCCCCAGAUUUGGACCGUCUGAAUGAGCUUGGAUACAGGUUACCCCUGAAUGAUAAAGAAAUCAAAAGGAUGCAGAAUCUGAACCGACAUUGGUCUCUGAUCUCCUGUCAGACGACAGAGAGAUUCAGUAAGUUGCAGUCAUUUUUGCUACAACAUCAGACUUUCUUGGAAAAAUGUGAAACAUGGAUGGAAUUCCUGGUUCAAACAGAACAAAAGUUAGCAGUUGAGAUUUCAGGCAAUUAUCAGCAUCUUUUGGAGCAACAGAGAGCUCAUGAGUUGUUUCAAGCAGAGAUGUUCAGCCGUCAGCAGAUUCUGCACUCAAUCAUCAUUGAUGGACAGCGUCUCCUAGAACAAGGUCAAGUUGAUGACAGCGAUGAGUUCAACCUGAAGUUGACGCUUCUCAGCAACCAGUGGCAGGGCGUGAUCCGCAGGGCCCAGCAGAGGCGCGGCAUCAUCGACAGCCAGAUUCGCCAGUGGCAGCGCUACCGGGAGAUGGCAGAAAAGCUUCGCAAAUGGCUGGCUGAAGUGUCCUAUCUCCCCGCAAGUGGCCUCGGCAGUGUCCCAAUACCACUUCAGCAAGCAAGGACCCUCUUUGAUGAAGUGCAAUUCAAGGAAAAGGUGUUCCUGAGACAACAAGGCAGCUACAUCCUCACGGUAGAGGCGGGCAAGCAGCUCCUGCUCUCAGCCGACAGCGGGGCCGAGGCCUCCCUGCAGGCCGAGCUCACCGACAUCCAGGAGAAGUGGAGAUCGGCCAGCACGCGUCUGGAGGAGCAGAAGAAAAAGCUGGCUUUCCUGUUGAAGGACUGGGAAAAGUGUGAGAAGGGAAUCGCUGAUUCUCUGGAGAAACUACGAAUGUUCAAAAAGAAGCUCUCCCAGCCGCUACCAGACCACCAUGAAGAGCUCCACGUGGAGCAAAUGCGUUGCAAGGAAUUGGAAAGUGCAGUUAGUAGCUGGACAGACGACUUGGCACAGUUGACCCUGUUGAAGGACACCCUUUGUGCCUACAUCAGUGCAGAUGAUAUCUCCAUCCUCAAUGAGCGCAUGGAGCUCCUGCAAAGGCAGUGGGAGGAACUGUGCCAUCAGCUCUCCUUAAGGCGGCAGCAAGUGAGUGAAAGGCUGAACGAAUGGGCGGUCUUCAGUGAGAAGAACAAGGAGCUGUGCGAAUGGCUGACUCAGAUGGAAAGCAAAGUUUCCCAGAAUGGAGACAUCCUCAUUGAAGAAAUGAUUGAGAAGCUCAAGAAGGAUUAUCAGGAGGAAAUUGCUGUUGCCCAAGAGAACAAAAUACAACUCCAGCAAAUGGGUGAGCGUCUUGCUCGAGCCAGUCAUGAAAGCAAAGCAUCUGAGAUCCAGUACAAGCUUGGGAAGGUCAAUGACCGCUGGCAGCAUCUCCUGGAUCUCAUGGCAGCCAGGAUAAAGAAGCUGAAGGAGACGCUGGUUGCUGUGCAGCAGCUGGACAAGAACAUGAGCAGCCUGAGGACAUGGCUGGCGCACAUCGAGGCAGAGCUGGCCAAGCCCAUCGUCUACGAGUCCUGUGACUCGGAGGAAAUACAGAGGAAGCUCAAUGAGCAGCAGGACCUGCAGCGGGACAUCGAGAAACACAGCACAGGGGUGGCCUCCGUCCUCAACCUGUGUGAGGUCCUCCUGCACGACUGUGACGCUUGUGCCACAGACGCCGAGUGCGACUCUAUCCAGCAGGCCACGCGGAACCUGGACCGGCGGUGGAGAAACAUCUGCGCCAUGUCCAUGGAAAGGAGGCUCAAGAUCGAAGAGACGUGGCGGUUGUGGCAGAAGUUUCUGGAUGACUAUUCUCGUUUUGAAGACUGGCUGAAGACUUCAGAAAGGACAGCUGCCUUCCCCAGCACUUCUGGGGUGCUCUAUACCGUUGCCAAGGAAGAAUUAAAGAAAUUUGAGGCCUUUCAGCGGCAGGUGCACGAGAGCCUGACCCAGCUGGAGCUGAUCAACAAGCAGUACCGCCGCCUGGCCCGGGAGAACCGCACGGACGCUGCGUGCAGCCUGAAGCACAUGGUGCACGAAGGCAACCGGCGCUGGGACGACCUGCAGAAGCGCGUCGCCUCCAUCCUGCGGAGACUCAAGCACUUCAUCGGGCAGCGUGAGGAGUUUGAGAAUGCGCGGGACAGCAUCCUGGUGUGGCUGACCGAGAUGGAUCUGCAGCUCACGAAUAUUGAGCAUUUUUCGGAGUGUGAUGUUCAAGCCAAGAUAAAGCAACUCAAGGCCUUCCAGCAGGAAAUUUCACUGAACCGCAAUAAGAUUGAGCAGAUAAUUGCCCAAGGAGAACAGCUGAUAGAGAAGAGUGAGCCCCUAGAUGCGGCCGUCAUCGAGGAGGAGCUGGAUGAGCUCCGGCGCUACUGUCAGGAGGUCUUCGGGCGCGUGGAAAGAUACCACAAGAAGCUCAUCCGCCUGCCUCUCCCGGACGAUGAGCACGACCUCUCCGACCGGGAGCUGGAACUGGACGACUCUGCAGCCCUCUCAGACCUCCACUGGCACGAGGCCCCUGCGGACGGCGCGCUGUCCCCACAGCCUUCCUCUAACCCCUCCCUCUCACUCGCCCAGCCUGUCCGGAGCGAGCGGUCAGGACGAGACACCCCUGCCAGUGUGGACUCCAUCCCUCUGGAGUGGGACCACGACUAUGACCUCAGCCGGGACCUGGAGUCAGCUGUGUCCAGAACGCUGCCCUCCGAGGAUGAAGAGGGUCAGGAGGACAAAGAUUUCUACCUCGGCGGCGCGGUUGGUUUAUCAGAUGUAAUGAUCCCUGAAAGUCCUGAGGCCUAUGUAAAACUCACAGAAAAUGCAAUCAGAAAUACUGCUGGGGACCCCAGCACCAUAGAGUCACGGAUCCGGCAGCUGGGUAAAGCCCUGGACGACAGCCGCUUUCAGAUACAGCAAACCGAAAAGAUCAUCCGCAGCAAAACUCCCACGGGACCAGAGCUGGACGCCAGCUACAGGGGCUACAUGAAGCUGCUGGGCCAGUGCAGUGGCAGCAUCGACUCUGUGAGGAGACUGGAGCACAAACUAAAGCAGGAAGAAGAGAACUUCCCUGGCUUCGUAAACCUGAACAGCACCGAAAGCCAAACCGCUGGUGUGAUUGACCGGUGGGAGCUCAUCCAGGCCCAGGCGCUGAGCAAGGAGCUGAGGAUGAAGCAGAGCCUGCAGAAGUGGCAGCAGUUCAACUCUGACCUGUGCAACAUCUGGGCCUGGCUGGGGGAGACAGAGGAGGAGCUGGAGCAGCUGCAGCACCUCGGGCCCGGCACCGACAUCCAGUCCAUAGAGCUGCAAAUCAAAAAGCUCAAGGAGCUCCAGAAAGCUGUGGACCACCGCAAAGCCAUCAUCCUCUCCAUCAACCUGUGCAGCCCUGAGUUCACCCAGGCUGGCAGUGAAGAGAGCCAGGAUCUCCAGGACCGCUUGUCCCAGAUGAAUGGGCGCUGGGACCACGUGUGCUCACUGCUGGAGGAGUGGCGGGGGCUGCUCCAGGACGCACUGAUGCAGUGCCAGGAUUUCCAUGAAAUGAGUCAUGGUUUGCUUCUCAUGCUGGAGAACAUCGACAGGAGGAAAAAUGAAAUUGUCCCUAUUGAUCCUCACCUUGACUCAGAGAUACUACAGGACCAGCACAGGCAGCUGAUGCAAAUAAGGCGUGAGCUAUUAGAAUCCCAACUCAAAGUGGCCUCGCUGCAAGACAUGUCUUGCCAACUGUUGGUGAAUGCUGAAGGCUCAGACUGUUUAGAAGCCAAAGAAAAAGUCCAUGUUAUUGGAAAUCGUCUCAAACUUCUCUUGAAGGAGGUCAGUCAUCAUAUCAAGGAUCUGGAGAAGCUGCUAGACAUGUCGGGCAGUCAGCAGGAUUUGUCUUCCUGGUCUUCAGCUGAUGAACUGGACACCUCAGGAUCUGUGAGUCCUACAUCAGGGAGAAGCACCCCAAACAGGCAGAGAACGCCACGAGGCAAAUGUAGUCCCUCACAGCCUGGACCCUCUGUCAACAGUCCACAUAGCAGGUCCAUAAGAGGUGGCUCCGAUUCCUCCCUUUCUGAGCCUCGGCCAGCUCGCUCCGGCCGAGCCUUCCUGUUCAGAGUCCUCCGAGCUGCUCUUCCUCUCCAGCUCCUCCUGCUGCUCCUCAUCGGGCUCGCCUGCCUGGUUCCGAUGUCUGACGAGGACUACAGUUGUGCCCUUUCCAACAAUUUUGCCCGAUCAUUCCACCCCAUGCUCAGAUACACGAAUGGCCCUCCUCCGCUCUGAACUGCUGCUGCCAACUGCAGCAGCCUUGGGUGCGUGAGAGGAUUUAGCCCAAAGCAAUCCCCAACUAGCAAAAAGCGGGCCUGCAGCCCGGCGAAAGCCCUCAGUGUGGCAGCUUUAGCUCUCCUCCAAAUCCCGCCGUGCUGACCGUGGCCUCGGAGAUGGAGGCCAGACCGUGGCAGGAGGAGAGCAAAUGGACGACAGAAGGUUUGGAAGAAAUUGGGCUUGAAAUGCUGAGCCUCAGCACUAAGAGAUCAAGGACUUCCAAGGACCCCUGGAAUGGUGCUGUCCAUCCAUUCAAAGAACAACACUCCUUGCGCGCCAUUUCCAUACGGAACAAUCUCCCGGCCAAGCAGCGCCGAAGAGAUUGCAGAACCUGUAACAUACAGUUUUUAAGAGCUUAUCCGACAGCUUCCUUUUUACCUUGUUUUCCUUUGGGGCAUGAUUUCGCACCGUUGCUUUAGAAGCACAAGCUGUAAAUCUAACAGGCACUUUUUAAAAAAGUAGUAAGAGUAACUGGAUGUAAUAAAUAAGAUCAUCAAAGGCUUUAUGUGAAAAAAAGUUGAAUGUUAUAGUAAAAACAAAAGAUAUUUAUGUAUGUACAGUUUGCUAAAGCCAAGUUUUGUUAAUGUAUUGAUUUAUUUGCAUUUAUUAUAUA